GGCCGCCUGCACUGCCAGGUCCCGAGACGCGCCCGCGGGGAGCAGCGCCCGGCGCAGCACAGCGCAGCACAGCACAGCAGUCCGGAGCCACUCCGCAGCCCGGUAGCGCUCCGCAGCCGCAGGCAGCAGCCCGGCCCCGCUCCCCUCCGCCCGUCGGAAGCUGUGGAGCCGCGAGCGGCGCGCAGCAGCGGGUGGUGCCCGCGGCCCCGAGCCCCCAUGAGCGCCGCCGCCCUCUACAGCCUGGACUCGCCGGCAUGCUAUAGGAGCUGGUGCCCCGAGCCCGCCAACUUCUACGACGCCAAGGUGGGCAGCGGCGGGCCGGGCCCCGCCUGCAAGCCGGGCGGCCGCGCCAUGAGCGCCGAGGAGGCGGCGGGCGGCGGCGGCGGCGCGGACCUGGCCGAGCUGAGCGCGGCCGCGCCGGCCAUGUACGAGGACGAGAGCGCCAUCGACUUCAGCUCCUACAUCGACUCCAUGUCGGCCGUGCCCAACCUGGAGCUGUGCAACGACGAGCUGUUCGCCGACCUCUUCAACAGCAACCACAAGCCCGAGCGGGGCGGGGACUACGGCGAGUACCUGCCGCCCGCCGCCAGGGAGCCGGGCCCCGCCGGCAGCGCCCCGCCGGGCGCCGGGCCCCGCGCCGCCCCCGCCUCCUCCUCCUCCUCCCCGCCGCCCUCCUCCGCCUCCUCCGCCGCCUCCUCGCGCGGCGCCCUCAAGCAGGAGCCCGAGUGGAGCGACGCCGAGCUCUCGUCCUCGCUGCUGCCCUCGCAGAUCGCCACCUGCGCGCAGACCAUCAUGAACCUGGGCGGGCAGCCCACGCCGCCCACCUCCCCCGAGCCGGCGGGCGGCUGCUCCCCGCCGGGCUGCCCCGCGCGCUCCCCCGGCCCCGCCGCCGCCGCCGCCGUCGCCUCCGCCGCCCGCCCGGCCCCGCCGCCCGGCGCCCGCGAGCGCGGCGCCAAGAAGUGCGUGGACAGGUUCAGCCCCGAGUACCGGCAGCGCCGCGAGCGCAACAACAUCGCCGUGCGCAAGAGCCGCGACAAGGCCAAGCGGCGCAACCAGGAGAUGCAGCAGAAGCUGCUGGAGCUCUCGGCCGAGAACGAGAAGCUGCACAAGAAGAUCGAGCAGCUCACCCGGGACUUGAGCGGCCUGCGGCACUUCUUCAAGCAGCUGCCCGCCGCCUCCUUCCUGCAGCCCGGCUCGGCGGGCUCCGACUGCCGGUAGCGGCGCGGCGAGGCCGGCCCGCGGGGCGGGCGUCUCUUACCUCAGGGCCGCGCGGAGCGGAGCGGAGCGGAGGUGCCGGGCCGGGCCCACCCGGCGGUGCGUGGCGCUCCGGGCGCGGGGCCGCGGCGUUCGCCGCGAAGAAGCGAAAGGAACCGAAGCUACGCGUCUUUUCGUUCGCUCCCUUAAGUUAUUUUUGUAACGGUAGUCCCUGUCUUUUCUACGUGUUACUCGAACCGAUGCAGCUAUGGUACAUCUGUUAACGAUCCGAACACCCGUGUGCGCUAGGCGGUAGGACGGCGAGGACCGAGCAUGACCUUUUAUAUCGAUUUUUACAGCAUUUCUUAAGAAUAAAACCGAACGAGUAUUUUAAAGA